AAUUCGCCGAAAAGAGACUCUUCGCUGAUCUACGUGUUUUGUUUUCAUUAAUGCCUGGAUGGGGAUUAUCCAUGAAUUAGCUUAAUGUCCCUAAUUCACCCACCAAAGAAUGAAAAUAUUAGGUCAUCAACCUUUACUAGUUCUUGUAGUCAACAAUACCAUAGAGGUCAGAUUUAAAUGUAGGUGUAUUCAUGGAAAAUACAGGUGGGCUGCAGCUAAGAGUUCCACUGGUUCACAACUGUGAGCUGAAAACCAGUUGCCAAGCACAGGUGGUUUGGUCGUAAACUUUUGAACUUACCUUGAUGUCUUCUUAGGUACUUAACCUUAAAUAAACAGUAAGUUGUCAUUCAAAAUAUAGGAAGCUAGUGUAGGGUAACUUCUCAUCAUACGAUAAAACAGUGGAAAAAAUAUCGAUCCAUUUGUUCCUUGUAAAAUCACAUCACUUUUUUGGAUAAAUUAGCCAAUUUUUUCGUGACAUAUGUUGGUUAAAUCAAUGAACUCGGUUAAUAAUAAACAGCUAUCACUUGAUCAUGUCAAUCAGGAAGCAUAUCUUUUCGACCUCGAGUAUGCAGACGAUAUCGUCUUACUGUGCGAUAGCAUGCAGGUUGCCCAAAUCGCACUUAAUCAGUUGGCAAUCAGUGUAUGUAAGUAUGGUAUGUGCUUUGCGCCGUCUAAGUGCAAAGUACUGUUACAAGAUUGGCGGGAGCCUGUACCUGCACUCACUCUUGCGGGUGAACCGCUUGAAGUUAUUGAUAAGUUUGUGUACCUGGGUAGUUGUGUGAGUGCUGGCGGAGGGGUGACGGAUGAGAUUUCCAACCGUAUAAUGAAGGCUAGGGUGGCAUACAUCAACUUGAGCCACCUAUGGCGCCGUGGCGACGUUAGCCUGGCUGUCAAAGGUCGGGUAUACAAUGCUUCGGUGCGGGCUGCGCUGCUCUACGCCUGUGAAAUCUGGCCUCUCCGAGCUGAGGAUGUGCGGCGACUCUGCGUGUUCGAUCACCGCUGUCUCCACAGGAUUGCUUGCGUUCGAUGGCAUCGUCGCGUGAGUAAUUCUGAGGUUCGGCGGCGUGUGUUUGAACAGAGUGGAGAUCACCAUUCAUUAAAAGUCGUCAUCUGCAAACACCGGCUCCGGUGGCUUGGACAUGUGCUCCGAAUGUCACCCCAGAGGCUUCCGUACAGGUCUCUGUUCGCUAGCCCUGGGACGGGAUGGAAAAGGCGGAGAGGUGGUCAGUCCAUGACGUGGCGUCGUGGGAUGAAGGAUUUUUGUGCUAGAUUAGCAUCGGUUGGUGUGUCACGACUCCCUGGUUGGGGUCCGAGAGAUAGCUCAAAUCGAUGGCUCGAAACGUUAUCGGAUAUGGUCAAGAAUCGUAAUCAAUGGCGAAUGUGUUGCAAUUUCCUUCUUUCUUCCCUUCCCAAUGAUAGUUAACAAACACUGUUUGAACUUGUUAAGCAUGACUGUCUUCCUUCCAGAUGAAGUUCUUUAUCCGUUCUCUACUUAUAUAUUUUUUUUUCUUUUCCUUCCUUCCUUUUUUUUGAUCUAUGUUGUUUUAUUAUUAAUGUGUGGCGCAUCUUUCUUGGUGCCAUAUUGUACCAAGUUUUUUAUGCGUUUAAAUAAAUAAAUAAUAUCUUUGAAUAUUUAUAUAUUAUUCUCAAAAACGUUUAGUUACAAGGGUCUUUACAGUCCCAACGGGUCUGUCGUAUAUGUAUUGGCUUACAAAGUAACUUUGUUUAAGUUCUGUUUUGG